CUUCCCUCCCACCUUGAACAACCUCAUCAUCGCCCUCUACCAUUCCUGGCCUCAUUCUUUUCCAACCCAACAAUUCCGACCAAAGGUCAAUUCCAGACGUGGAUCUCGAGAUUUGCGCUGGUCUUGACUGUCCGCUCCUUAUCUAAACCUCCUAGUCGACUUUCGAGUUCGGUGUUCUGAGCAUUCGCUUAAUUUUCUCCCGCGAUUGCUCUCCGUGUUCCCCUCGACGGCCUCCAUUGAUACCCGUUCUGCACAUCUCCAGGAAAUUCCGUCUUUGCUGGCUCCCGCAGUUCAACAACUUCUCUCGAUUCCGAUUUUCGAAGCAUUUUCACCCCAGUGGACGGGUAACCGAAGUGGCACCAAAUCACCCAAGGGGACUUGGAAUCACCGAAGACGAUAAACACAUGUUCUCGCUCUCUUUCUAGUUGCCCUUCGAUUCUGGUGCCGCAGCGCGGCUGUGGGGAGAUCAUGGCAACCAUGCUCGGUCCUAAUUUGCCCACGGAGCCAUCUACGACCUCUCCAUCUGUGAUGCCCGUUCAUGAAACAGUUGUUUCCGGCACCAUGGAAGAUAGCGAAUCUUACAGGCCUCAGCCAUCGCCUCGGGCGAACCCUCCGCCAAACCCACCGUUUGUGUUUCCAGCCCGGGCAUCGCCCUCUUCAGCCCCUUCCUCAUAUUCAAGGGCCAGUGGACGGAGACCGAAGUCUUUUGCAGAUUCGUUCCAUCUUGGAGUGUCCGAUACAACCAGGUCGGAUAGGCGAGCAUCGCUGUCCCCUCAACUUCCGGAAUUCUCAUUCAAUCCUGGUGCUCGGUCCCCUAAUCCUGAGCGACCUUCAACCGGCCUCUCACCUCAACUCCCCGACUUCAAGUUCAACCCUGGUGCUGGCAUGACACCUGCACCACUCGAGCAUCCGUUCCUUAGUCCGCCGCAAUCACCACACACGUUACAAACGCCUCCGUCACCCCGUACGAUUCCCACACGCCCUGGUAACCAUGGCCACAGACGUGGCGGCAGCGAAUUUGUUGGAGGACAGAUUCGCAGUGGGGACGCAAUAACUGUCUUGAGCACAAGCCCUACCAAGUCCGAAAGCGGAUUUGCCUCUCCUCAGCUCAAGCCCGCAAACCCACGGAGAGGACAUGCACACAGGCGUUCGGCUGCCAUAUCAAGUCAUGACCUUUCCAUGAUUCUGAAACCUACAAACCCGCAGCCAAGGGGCAGCAGCGCGCCAUCAAGCCCCGUAGUGAACGAACCAGUUCAGUCAUUUUCCUUUCCUAACCUCGCUGAAAGCGCUCCAGAGCCAAAAGCCUUAGACUUGCCCAAGACCGAAGAAUCAUCUGUGGAUGCUCCCACAGAACCAGAGCCAGUACAGGAAGAGGCCAAAGCCCCUGUAAGGCCCGUGAAUCGGGCCAGGGUUGGGUUCUCUGAUACGCUGGAGUUCAUUCCCAGGCCUUUGUCUUUGGUAUCGAGUGACACAUCCAGCACCAUGACUGCCAGACCCGGGCAUUCGCUUUCUGGGAGCAUUUCAUCCCUCAUCUCCCUUACGAGCACGACCAGCAAUGAACGAACCGAGAUGUAUGCUCUCAGCCCUAGCCCGUCGCGUAACUCGACGGAACCGAGACCUAGCACAGCAGGCGCGAUUCUUGAACGGUCACUUAGUCCUCUCCCUGAAGGCCCGACGAAGUCCCCGCAGCGGCGCAACUCGAUACCGCUCUUAAAUAUUGCUGCUGCGAAUGGACUGGUUGACCCGGACACCCCUAGUCCUGGCAAGGCACAGAAACGUUGGUCUUUCUUUGGCCUUGAGCCCUUCUCAGGAUCAAUGUCACCCACACAGCCUCGAAGGUCAAGUGCAAGCUCCUCUGAUACGACCACCAAACAAAGCAACUCGUCAACAUCAUCAGUAGGUCUCGAAAGCGAGCCUAUUCCUGACUUCACCACAGAGGAUGACACAGUUGGACAAAAAUCCUGCAGCCGUAAAAACGGCAAAGUGAAGAAGAAGAAGGUUAGGUCUUGGGCUGGGUCGAUCCUGACCAAGAAAUCGAAGCCUCGCCACAGCAAGAAGCCUUCGAAAAGUCGAUGCCCUCCUUCCUUGGAGAAUGUGCAAUCUGGCGAUGUCAGCGGUGAAAUGACCAAUGUAGAGUCGGAGCAGAUCUGCCAACAAACCACAUCACCAGACGGGAUCUCAGCAGAGGUUGAUGCAUGCCAGCCACGACCUGACACACCACCAGAGGACGAGCCUUCGUUUCCCAUGAUAGACCUCGAUGCCGCCCUUGGUCCCUUCAACACACCGUUGCCAAGAAAUCCAGAGUGGGAGGCAGCUCAGCGUGCGAGCGGUUUGACGAAAAGACCUCUUCACAGUGCCGCUCGUCUCAGUGGGUUUAGCGGGCCAGGCAUGAACUAUCAGCACCGUCGUGCUGAGAGUGCCCCAGAGAUGCCUCCAUUUAACAGGGCAGGGCUUCCUCGCUACAACAGCAACUCCACCAUGGCUGACGUCUUCGAGGAGGAGGAGGAAGAGGAAGGCAAGCUUGAUGAGAAGGCUCACAGCGCCGAUUUUUUCUCCACAGCGCCUGAAGGAUCCGCGCCGGAUGGACAAACCUCGAAUAUCAACAUACGUGUGACUCCCGACACGAGUUGCUCACCCUCUAUAAGGGCGUCCGAUUACGACGACGACGCCAUUUCAUCACGAGCUCUGAGCCGCAGAGGCAGCAACCUGAGUGGGUUGAGUGACGAGGAGAGGACGCAGCCAAGCAUGUGUGUGACUUCUGAUUAUUCGGCUAGCUCACUCCAUGACGAGAUAAUAUUGGAGGAGACUCCUGAAGUCAAAUGGAACAUCAAGGACAACAAUAGCGUGAUGGGAAGCCAGACGUCCGAUUCGUCGACUCCUUCACCACGUCGGGUAUUUAAGGGGAAGGACUUAGCACCAGUGGAUGUCAGCCCCUUACAUCUGCCGACCCCUUCGCUAGCGCCUGUCAGCCCAUACUCUAUCGGGCAUUCAUCCUCGUUCCCGUCUCCACGAUCGCCAAUGUCGUACGAAGACGGAAAUCGGAUUUCGACAGCACCAUCUUCGGUCACAGAGGACAACUUUCAAUCUCUCCUAAUGGGUGAGCCGGGGCCUGAAGUACGGAUCUCUAUGGAAAUCCCCUCUCUUACCAGCAGCAACUCGACCAUGACAAGGGAGAGUGCGUUCGUGCAUCAGCUCUCGCACCCGCCAGUUCGAGGAGAGCGCCCGGCUUCUUUCUCAUCACCGUUUGGACGCAGGGGUAGUUUGGCUAGCAUUGGUCGUCUGAUCAGCACAUCGCACGGCGAGAGGAGCAAAUUAUCGACGGAGGUUUCUCUUGAGACCGAGCAGGCGGACAAGAAGCAGAAGAAUGGCAAAUCAAAACGUUUCAGCCGCCUGAUGCAGUUCUGGAAACCAAAGGAGGGUGCCGCAGCCAAAUGAUAAAUCCUGGCCAGCUGACUAAACAGCACAAGCUGCUCAGCCCAACGCCUCGCACAAUUGCCCUGUAACCAAGAAAAGACCUCCAGGUAUGGCACCACUCAAGGAGCGCAGGCCAAGCCCAGCUUGCAACCCAUAUUCAGGACAGCUCAGAGCUGCGCGAAACAAAUUCACGACAACACGACAUCGCCACAAAGCGGAAAUGUACGCGCUCAGUGGCCAGACGUUGAAGGCACUGGUGGCGCGUGACGGGGGCACUACAUAUCUUUACUUCAUGUAUCUGAUGGCAAUACUGGAGGAUUUUCAUUUCUUAUUUUGAUGACUAGCAUGAGGACGCAAGACAAGAGGCGAGAGCUCUUUUUGCACGAGAUCCCAGAGACUUAAUGUCUUCUCUAUCUUUUUAAUCCAACUUUAUGGCAUAACACAGCUAAAGUCAGCAAAGGGCGCCUGCUUACGGGAGGGUGUGGGAUCAUUGAACAUAUGAGUUUCAUUCUUUUAUCUUUAUUUUAUGUCUUUCCUUUUGAACCCAUUUGUGGGAAGGAGGCAAGGGGACACGACUCCCCUCUCCAUCGUAUUCUUGAGCCCAUUGUAUUUUUGUGCACAUAGCAAAGCGCUACGACCUUAACUAUCUCUGCACACCACUCUGCUACACCGUAUCCAAGCCCGUAUUAGAAGGUUUCGAUUUGUAGAUGGUCCGAUAGAAGGUGAUGAAGCUACAGAAUGAGAAUAAUUGUGGUCG